AUGGAGCUGAAAGUAAACGUGGAUGGUGUUGAACGAAGUAUCUCGGGAGUUUCAAGUGAAACCACAUGUGCUCAGAUUAUUUAUGCUCUUGCGCAUGCGAUCAGCCAAAAAGGCCGAUUUGUAAUGAUUGAAAAAUUCCGGAACAAGGAACGUCGUCUUUCUCCGGUCGAUAAACCACUUGAAUUGUUGGAAAAGUGGCGUGAACAUAUGUCGAAUGUGACGUUUGUAUUGAAAAAGAUCGAUGACGAAAAUGACAACAGUUCAUUGCUUGGUGCAAAUCCAGGUAUGCCGUCUUCUUUUAAGUUUUAUUUGAGAGUUAUGGUUUUGUUCACUUUGCCGGUUCGAGAAGUUUGCAUCUUUUGUGUACCUACCUUCUUCUUGUUAUAUGCUGUUAGCUCGGUUUACGUCGUUAAUUGUUCCCUUUAA